ACAACAUUAAAAUCGAAAGCUGUAGUUACCUUGCCAGGAAUCGAACGCGUCACCUCCAAAAAGAGUGUGCGGCUCGCUAUGGAAACAAGUGCACAAAGAACAUGGUCAACCACCCCCUCUCCCCCCCCCCCUUUUCCAAAGGUGUCUUUAUUCGUCAUGUCUAUCGCACAGCUUGAAAUAUACCCAAAACUACAGAGACUGUCCAAUUACUUUCAGGACAUACCCUGUAUGAGCAUGUCAAUUCUUC